GUCUUGUGCUGCAUUAGGAGGCCGACUGGGCGAAGGCUCGCUCACCACACUAUUUAAAGCUCCAUUGCAGCGGUGGAGAGAACAUCCUGAUUACUCAGCUCAUCCCACAGAUACAACACGUGUCAUUGUGGUCACCCUUCAUGUCUCCACUGAGUGUCAGCUGAGUGAUGAACUUCAGCAGGGAGGUGAACCGACAGACCAGCUGUUAUACAUAUGUGAUAGAGGAAGAGGAUCCAGCCCUGGCGAGACUAAAUGUAUUCGAGCUGGCGGAGAAGGGUGACCUGGCUCUCCUAGAGAACCUGGUCAGGAAGUGCCCAGAGGUCCUGAUUGAGAAAGAUGAAUAUGGGGCUAUUCCCCUUCAUCAUGCCGCCGCAGGGGACCACGUCAACCUCAUCCAAUUCAUCACCACCGUCAUGGAGCCACAGGGUAGGCAUGCCUCCACCAUCGAUCAUAAGUUGCUCUCCACCAAAGACCUGAACAGCUGUGAUGAGCAGGGCAACGUGCCGCUACACUGGGCAGUGGAGAAAAACAAGGCGGGGAGCUGCCGGGCUCUUCUGGACCUCGGGGCCGACCCCAACAUCCUCAACACGGCCCUGCUCUCCCCUCUGCACCUGGCUAUCUGCCUCGGACACAACGACCUGGUGGAGCUGCUGGUGUCCCACACUGCUACGGAUUGCAAUCUUCAGGGAGACCUUGGCAACACCCCAUUGAUACUUGCCUGCUCCCUCAAUAACUUUGAGGCUCUCAACAUAUUGAUAAAGAAUGGCAGAGCUGUGCUCUGCCGACAGAACAGGCUCGGCCAUUUCCCCGUGCACGCGGCUGCCUUCGCAGGCGCAAAGAAUGCCAUGGAAAUGAUCCUGAAGGCCGGAGAGAAGUAUGGCCACCAGGUUGAAGCUCACAUCAACUAUGUAGACAAGUCCAGUUGCAGCCCCCUCCACCUGGCUGUCCGCGGCGGGAACAUCGAGGUCAUCCGCUUCUGCAUCGCAAACGGGGCCAAAGUCGACCAGCAGCAGAAUGACAAAUCCACGCCGCUUCACUUGGCCUGCACCCAGGGGGCUACUGAGGUAGUCAAGCUGAUGUUGUCCUCCUUUCAACAAGUGGAAGAUGUUAUCAACCUAACGGAUGGGGCGUGUCAGACCCCUCUCCACAGGGCUACAAUAUUUGACCACACAGAGCUGGCGGAGUACCUAAUUUCUUUGGGUGCAAAGGUCAACAGCACUGAUUGUAAAGGGAACUCUCCCUUGCUGCUGGCUACGAGCUGUGGAGCAUGGAGAACUGUGGCUCUGCUUCUCUCCAAAGGGGCCGAUGUCAACGUUAAAGACAGAUGUGGCUGUAGCUUCCUUCACCUGGCCCUUCUCCAGCCCAAGGGUCUGAAAAACCUCUCACAAGAAGUCCUACAGCUGGGCAGUGUGACGGCCCUGCUCAGCUGUGAGGAUAACGAGGGCUGCACCCCUCUCCACUACGCCUGCAGACUGGGUAUCCACGACUCGGUGAAGAACAUGCUGGGCCUCUCGGGGCAGGACGGCCUGGCUUGCAAGUCGAAGGACAAGAAGUCUGUGCUGCACUUUGCUGCUCAGUACGGACGCAUCAAUACAUGUCAGCGAUUACUGGAAACCAUCACGGACUCUCGUCUGCUAAAUGAAGGAGACGAGCGGGGCCUCACGCCGCUUCAUUUGGCUUCAAGAGAGGGGCACACCAAGGUGGUACAGCUGCUGCUGCGCAAAGGGGCUCUCUUCCACAGCGAUUACAAGGGCUGGACUUGUCUGCACCACGCUGCAUCUGCAGGAUACACACACACUAUGGACAUUCUCCUGUCAGCCAAUCUCAAGUUACUGGAUAAAGUAGACGAGGACGGGAACACUGCACUCCACAUCGCAGCAAGAGAGGGACAUGUGGCCGCAGUCAAUCUCCUGCUGUCCCGCGGAGCGGAGCUCACUUUGAACAAGAACAACACUUCGUUCCUCCACGAGGCUCUGCAAAAUGAGAGAAAAGAUGUGGUCAAUGCAUUGAUUGACAGUGACAGAUGUACCGAAGCAUUGUUGCUGUUUAAUCCAGACUCUUCCCAGCAAAAUCCCAUCCUAGAAAUGAUUGAAUUACUGCCUGAGACGUAUACGCAUCUAUUGGACUGCUGUGUUAAGGAAUCUGAUGAUGAUCGCAACAGUCCUGACUAUCAUAUUGAAUACAAUUUCAAAUGGCUCCAAGCUCCCCUUGCACUGAGGAAGUUGACCAUGAUCAAGACCAUUCAGCCACUAGCUGCACUCAACGCGAUGGUCCAGUACAACCGCAUUGAACUCCUCAACCACCCUGUCUGCAAAAAGUACCUGGCAAUGAAGUGGUCCGCAUAUGGGAGCACGGCCCAUUUUCUCAACAUGUUCAUGUACCUGUUAGGCCUGCUGCCCCUCACUAACUUGAUAGUGAAUCUGAGGCCUGCUCUGAACACCACUGAUCAUCACGUCACCAUGGUGGAAGUAUCUUUCUUUGAGCAACACAUCUUCUUGUCCUUCUGCAUGGUGAUGGUCUUGGUCAUGAACGUCUACUCCAUAGUGAAGGAAUUGGUGCAGAUCUCACAACAGCGCUGGAAUUACUUCAAGGACUAUUCCAACCAGAGUGACUGGCUUUCUGCAGUCUUUGCUCUUUUGUUCAUAAUCCCCACCAUGCUAAAUGUAGAGGGUUCUUUGCACUGGCAAGCAGGGGCCAUGGCGGUUUUAACCUCCUGGACUGGAUUUCUUCUUUACCUCCAGAGGUUUGAGGGAGUUGGAAUUUAUGUUGUGAUGUUUUGGGAGAUCAUGAAGACCCUGGUUCGUAUCGUGAUGCUCUUCAUUUACCUCGUGUUGGCAUUUAGUUUGGCGUUCUAUGCUCUCAUGCUAGAACAGAGAGAGUUUGACAGCGUACCGCUGUCUGUGAUGCAAACCUUUGUGAUGAUGGUCGGGGAGCUGAACUACCAAAGCAACAUCCUGGGCCCUUAUCAGCAGAACGAACUUCCCUUUGGCGUCCUGACUUACUUCAUUUUUGUGAUGUUUGUUCUGCUCAUGCCGAUCCUGCUGGUGAACCUGAUGAUUGGUCUGGCUGUUGGAGACAUUGCUGAAGUACAAAGAAACGCAGCCUUAAAAAGAAUCGGAAUGCAAAUCGAGCUGCACACCGCUCUGGAAGACAAGCUGCCUUAUUGGUUCAUGAAACGUGUCGAUAAACGCAGCCUUAUCAUCUAUCCGAAUCGUCGCUGCUCCAAGAACUUCAUUAGGCAGUUCUUCACAGGUGAAGACGAUACAAAUGAUGUCUGGAAUCGACUGCAGGCCCAACCACAGAGAUGCACCCUAGUAGAGAACGAGCUCAGAAAGCAGAAAUUUAGGAUGAAGGAGAUGUCAUGCACGAUGGAGAAGCAGCACAACCUCCUGAAGCUCAUCAUCCAGAAGAUGGAGAUCAGCUCGGAGGCCGACGAGUACGAUGGCCCUGUCCACGUCAGAGGCAACACGGCGCCGAAGUUGAGGCAGGCCAAGCCGAGAAGUCAUGCCGCGUCUCGGUGGGUCCCGCUGAUAAAGGCCAUCGAGUCCAAAGGAAACUGAAGCGGAUGGAACAACUAAAUCAUCUCAUUAUAGCAACGAUUAUAUACAAAGUUAUUUAUCACAACAGUUUUAAAAGUAUAGAUAUAAACGGUAAAAUGAUGUUAGUACUUGACUAUUGUAACACUCUAUUGCAUGAAACGCUUUGAAAUGGAGGGGCCUUAACUAUUGUGUGAAUGUGUGUAUUUGACCUACUGAUGAACAAAUGCAUUGAGUCAUUCUGUGGCGUGUGUGUACGUUGCUGCCAUGUGUCUCUUGUGCACAAUAUGUGGCUGCCUUAGAAAUGCCUUAAUGUGUCUUUUUGUUGCGAGGACUAAUUAAACGUUGUUAAGUAAAUCUUCUGACUUUAAAAAUAAAAGAAAAUGCCACGUUA